GUAAGUGUAUUUAAGGCUUCCUCAAGUUUACCUUCUAUACAUCCAAUGUAACAAUAUCGACCCAUUCUGUGUCAUUAUUUUGUGGAAGAUUAACAGACAUGGAGCAGUGCAGGCUAGGUCCACGGAGGAUCCCUCUAGGAGGAGGCGAAUGCAGCUGCUCUGCUGCAACGGCGUGAAACCGAUAUAUAUAAGUGAAGAGAGGACUAGGGGUAGUUUAAACCAUUACACGGCGAUUAAUACUUCGGAUACUUCUUCGUGUUAAUUGUUGAUAAACAACAAGUGAAGUGUGCGAUGGGGACCAAAGAUCGUAUAGCGCCGCGUAUGGGGACUGCUCUCUACCUCCUUGGUCUAGUGGAAAGGCAGGAGAACCUUUUGAGAGGAACCAAACUUAGCAAAAGAAAAUGUAGCAAUGGAGGUUCCCCAGAUUACACGGGAUAAAUUAAAGCUUUGCAAUUGCACUGAACUUGAAAAAGGAUUUUGGGUUGCUCCCUGUCAAAAGCAGAUUUUUUGGAAUGUCUUCUUCAGCAGAGCACAUCAUAAAACGGCAUCUGACGAAAACUGCCCGCAAAAACUGGCAAAGCAUACUCGAUGACAUCAAAGCCGUCUGCGAUGGAAUCAAGCCUAGUUUACUUUACGACUACUCCCGUAUGGAUCCCAUUGAGCUCUCUAAGAUGGUGAUCGAGCUUUCAUCCUCCUGCCGCUCAGAUACUUUUAAAAAGCAGCUAAAAGUCUUGCGUCUUGGAGAAGACACAUUCCUUGCCAAUAUCCCUCAUUUGCAAGCAGUACUACAAGAGACUCAUCAAUUUCUUGGGGAGGAUGGCAGACAUGUUGGAGUCGAUGUUUCAGCUGAUUUGGAACGACCUAGACUCCUGCACCCCGAGGCUUGCCGACAACUCCAGGAUCAUGUUGCAGAUGUUUUGUCACAGCUCAGCGGAAGCGACAGCAAGAUGGAGAGAGUCUUGGGGCUCGAUCCAAAUAAGGAUUGGAACUUCUCAACGAUGUUUGGAGCACUGAUCGGCUACCCAGUGCUUUACUGGUACAAAGAAUGCACAGGGAUUGAUUCAAAUUGUCUGUCGUUUGUACCCCUAUGUGUGUAUACUGUGCAGAUCACUCCGGACCAAAAGACAUCAACAGAGAAAUCUAACUUUUCAUCCACUCAAGGAGAUGAGGCACGUGCAAUCCGAGGCACUCAAGUCUCAAGAAACCAACACUCUGUAUACAGCUUCAGCGUUCCCCAAGAACUUGUACAUCACUUUGAGGGUGGUAUUGAUAAUUGGUUCAAGAGACUUCAGGAAACACACAGUAAUCUGGAACUGACUCAUAGUUUAGUGACAUUGCCUGCAGUAGCCCUGUGAAUGAUAUCUUACAGUGCUCGAUUUCAUAGAGCUGCUUCAGCAUAAAAAUAAUCAGCUUAGCACAAUAAAAUGUAUGCUAAGGCUCUUUACGCAAGCAUGUGAAUUCACGAACUGCACGGUACUUUACAGUACUUGAUACCAUGGGGUCGAAGCUCGACUUUUCGAGGUAUCAACGAGAUUACAACGAGCAUUGUAGUAUCUAUAUGUAUGCAGUUUGUGAAUUCGGUGCUUGCGUUAAGAGCCUUGGACAAGGCUAGCCAAACUACCCAGUCACAUUUCUGCUAAAUGAAACUGGGCCCUUGUGAUAGACUUCACUUGAUGCUUUAUAUGUGGCAUGGGGGUACCCCCCCCCCCCCUCCUAUUGUGUUCUGGGAACGUUUCAACUUUCUCGGGAGAUUUGAAGAGGAUUUAAGGGGGAGGGUACUUCUGUACAAGAGGAAAAGAGUGUGUUGGAGUAUGGGAACAUUUUUAUUUUUGUACCCUGUGCCACAUACAAUGUACAUUGUAUCAGGCAUUGUACAUUGCAUGGUUAAACAGCCAAUAAAUGAUGAUCUCAAAUAUAUUUUCUAAUAGCUGCAGUCCAUAGGAAACAUAAACAAAUAUAAGGGGUCUCUAACCUCCAUUAAAACAUGGUAAAAAUGGGGUUUCCUCCAGAACGCUCAAAGCUAAGUUUCUGAAAAAACGCGGGGUCAACAAACCCGCGUGACAAAGGAAUCGUGACGUCUGUGGCGGCUGUUUGAUUUAGAAAAAAGCGCCCUCAGUUUGCCAAAGCUGGAGAACUGUGUUCAAACCAAUUAGGGGAAAAUCGUCACUGGCACUAAGGGGUCAUUAUAAUGCAUUGUUGACUCGGGUUAUUUAUUACUAAAUGCAAGUUUUGAGACUAAAAUGGUUAUUAACCGGUAUUUACGAGGUCCGUUUGGCCAUAAAAAGGUAAUAGUUGAAAUAUUAAGAUCAUCCUUUAUUGGCCGUUUAACAUUGUGUACAGUGCAGGGUGGCAGCUUGCCAGAGUCAAACUUCAUAAAGCUGUUGACCGAAAAAAAGGUGCCUUUUUAGAACAGCUGCACUGAACUAAAAUGGAUUUGCAAUUUAAACCUCGAGGGAAACUGACCGGACUAAAUCUGAAAUAAUUUGGGGUUGAACUGCAUGUAUUCUAACAGAAAUUGACUACAGGGGGACUUGAACCUGCAACUUCCAGAUUAAAAUGCAAGUGUCUUCACCGACUGAGCUACCGUGUAUCUAGCCCUAAUGUUGGUGGUCUCCCUAGUUGACAAAAUGGUCAGACUGCCAGUAUUAGGGCUAGAUAACUUGGAUAGAACUCUGGCACUUUAAACCAGAGGUUGCAUUUAUUGAUGUAGCUCAGUAUACACAAUACACCGAUCCAGUAAGCCCUGCCCACUUACGUAUUGACCAAUCACAACCUGUAUCGCAACCAAAAGUCCAACAAGUAGGUCUGACAUUGCGUGUGCAUAUGCGGGGCGUGCGUGGCAGAGUUGUGCAGAAUGGCAUUGGAGAGGCGCAUGUGUUCUUGCUCACACGUGCGCCGUGGGCGAAGCCUAAUGGAUCGGUCCAUUAUCCCCAGGGAGAUGAAAUGGAAUGAAACAAUUGGUAAUUUUUUGAAAACAAUGAUAAUUUUUGGAAUUGCCCAAUAAAAAUAAGUUUUUAUUUGUUAAAAUCAAAAUACACUUCCACGAUACAUAAAGGCAAGUGGGGUUUAAAAGUUACAAAUAUCAAACUCAAAAACUGUUCAUGUCAAAUAUUAGUAAUUGAAAAAGUUUAUUCAUAAAUUAAAUGCAGAACCAAAUUGUAAAUUCUUUUAAACUUUCGAGAUUCAUUCAAGUCUGGCGUCUUUUGGAUAUAUUCUUACAUUGAUAGAAAAAACAAUACAAGUACAGUUUUUGUUUAAGGAAAUAGUGGAUAGAUUUCUUAGAAUGUGGAUACAAAAGAACUUAGAUACAGAUACAUGUACCGGUAGUCUAAAAGAAUGGAACAUCAACGCCACCGAUACAACCUUAAUUUACAAACACCCAAACAAGUUUGCUUGUGAGCGAGAGGAACACUUGUACAAAAACCAAUGUCACUGAAGCCUAUUUUCCGGUUGAGAUUUCCUCUUGAAUUUUAAAAAGAUGACGAAUAAUAAUACACAAGUUCAUUUACUGGGCUACUAAGCAACUUUUUAACACUUAAAACUGGUAUAAAAAUGCACCAACGAUGACAUCAAAACACUGUUUCCAGAAAAAACCUGAGGCUUAGCAAAGUUACAGUGAAACUUCCACAAUUAAGUUGUAAUAUUUCUUGAAAAAGAAGUGAAAACAAAGUAGAAAGUUUCUAAAACACAUUAGCGUCUCUGUCAGAGGACAAAACUUAUUGACACAAUAAGCACUCCCUUAACACCCAGGUCCGAUACCAACUGCAUCAAGUAAAUAUCAAGAGAAGAGCGUCUUAAAAGAACACCCUUAUAGGCACACAAACCAGACGUGGAAUGACAUGCAGGCCACGGAGGCCAUGGCAUCUGUGCCCCUAAUCUUGGCCUUGGUGCCCUUCAAAAGUUCUCCAUUGACUUUAAGAUAUUCCAAUGGAAGUGCCCUUUGCAAAAUGAAAAUGGCCUGGCCCUUUCAAAAAUGAAAUCCCGACACACACACAAUCCAUUUGACCACCGGAGCAUUCCUCUGGACCGAUAGAUUGUGCCGAACUUCAAGACCUAUCCUACACAACUCUGUACACACGUUGGAAAGUUCAAGCAGUCCAAUGGACUGGUUAAAGUACACAUUAUAAAGACCUUUUCGCAAAUACCCUUUGCGCAAACGCUAACUGUUGAAUGAGGUGCAUGCUGGUGUACCUGCAUGCACCUCAUUCCACCUGCACCCGAACCGUGUAUUUGCGAUAAGGUCUACAGUGGAAUGCUUGUUUGAUCCAACCAAAACAAUUCUACCAGUUUGACAUUGGAGGGGGGGGGGGGAUACUGGGAUACUGUAAGUGUAGACAUAAUUUUGUCAGAUCAGUGCUAUAAGAUUGUAAAUUGCAAUUUCAUAUUCACAGUACUUAUAAUUGAAAGGUCACCGAGUGCAAAAUGCAUUUACUUUUUUACAACAAUUCAAAAUCCAAAAGUAAAUGGUCAAUAAUCAAUUUGGAGACCACUUUUAAUCAAUAAACUCAAUUUACCAGAAGGUCCAAUAACAACCUUAUAGCCCCGAGUAAACGAUUUGUGCUAAAUGUACAAAAGAAGUUAUAAAUAAAGAACAUAAAGAUAACAGUUGUGCACAAUAGGUGUGCAAAUUAACUGCUACGCUAAUUGAUGUACAUUUUGUAUCAGCCAGCACACUGUCCCCCAGAGAAAAAAAGAAUGUUAUUUUGAAAAUGAUACAGCUUGGAUAAAAUUUGCCAAAAUGUUCAUGUUAAUUUUAUAUGAGUUGAAGUGCUUUUGAUCUCGUCUGUGUACGUUAAAAAACUAUGACAGUCUUUCGAAACAGUUUAACCUCCUACUCUGCAGUCCAUAAAAUGUGUAAAUUGACCAACCAUUUGGAAUCAUUAAACUGCAUGUGUUGUGUAUUAUA